CUAAACAUGCCCUCGUAAGAAAGCCGAAUGACCGUUCCAUCGUUUUCUCUCUCUUAUUUUCCUUCUCUCUCUACCCGCCACUCUGAGCCCGAGCAGCCAUUGACGACCCUGCUCCGAGCUUCGGAUCGUCGCUGUAGGCUCUCUCCCCGAGCUCGGAAUUGGCUGUUCGACGAAAUGCUGUUCGUCUGAAGGGGAGAAGGGAGGGAAAAGGAAGGACAAGAGAGGAGGAAGAGAGAUUCCAUUGACUUGAGGAGGGAUGAGGUCUUCUGCAGGAAGCGGGAGAAUCAACAUCGCAGCCAGCGCGCAGAGGCUUGAUGUGGAUAACCGGAUCUCGCUCCGGUACUACUACCGGAUCGCUGAUAAUAUCCUCAAGCAGGCAGAUAUUUUUCGAGAGGAGAAUAAUGUCAUAGAUCUCUACGUAAUGCUUCUGAGAUAUUCAAGCUUAGUCACUGAGACUAUACCCUGCCAUCGGGAUUAUAGAACAUCAUUACCAAUUGCCAAGUCUUCACUAAAAAAGAAAUUAUUGAAUGCAUUGACAGAACUGGAGAAGUUGAAGCCCAUAGUGCAGCAGAAGAUUGAUGAAUUGAACAGGAAGCAUUCAGACCAGAUGAAUGGUACGGUGUACUUUCAUCAGAAUAUUUCUUCAGCUUGGACGCCUGUCAGAAAGCAGACUUUGACGCAUAGUGAUACAAAUAAGGUAUCAAGACCAGCUUUAAGAGGACCUGCAUAUCAGAGUUUAAGAAACCAGCCAUAUUCUCCUGCCAGACCAGUGGAUGAUCAAUUCCGCAGAUUAUCAAUCAAUGUAUUGCGUCCAAAGGAGGAAACUCUUUCACGUCAUUCUAUAUUAGGACCUGAUGGGCUGCAUGGGCGAUGGCAGCCACCCUCAAGUUAUGGAGUCCAGUAUCCGAGCAAUAUAGACUUGACACCAGUUGAAAUGCCAAGAUUACGGCAAGUGCAACCUGUUGAGGAUAAACCUGCAACUAAAGAAGAUUCUAGUAAUUCUGAGAAAGAAGCACCUAGCUUGAAUUUAGUUCCAGUUGUGGAAGAAGUUAGCAAGGUGCCUCGUGCUGAGGAGGAACAUCUUAUGAUCUCCUUCGAUGCAACAGAGAGCACUGUUGAGACAAAGAUAAUUAGACAGCCAUCUCCUCCACCUGUUCUUGCUGAAGUGCAAGACUUAAUUGCACCGGCAUCAGGUCAACUAGCUGAACCACAAAAUGGAAUGGAUAAUCCCCCUCGUGAGGAUUACAUUUGCUCUGAGACUCCGUUGCAGUUGCACAUUUCGACAAAAUUGAUGGAGAACUUCAUGAAGCUGGCAAAAAUUAACACUGAUCGGAACUUGGAAACAUGUGGUGUACUAGCUGGUUCACUUAAAAAUAGAAAAUUCUAUGUCACGGCUCUAAUCAUUCCCAAGCAGGAAUCUACCUCGGAUUCUUGCCAAACCACAAAUGAAGAAGAGAUAUUUGAAGUUCAAGAUAAGCAAUCCCUCUUCCCUCUAGGGUGGAUUCACACGCAUCCUACUCAAUCUUGUUUCAUGUCGUCAAUUGAUCUUCACACCCACUACUCAUAUCAGAUAAUGUUGCCCGAAGCCGUUGCAAUCGUCAUGGCUCCAAGAGACAGUUCAAGGCCUCAUGGCAUUUUCCGCCUUACUACCCCAGGGGGUAUGUCAGUUAUAAGACAGUGCGACCGGCGUGGCUUCCAUCCCCAUGACGAGCCUCCUGAUGGUGGACCCAUUUACAAGUCAUGCCCCGACAUCUACAUGAACCCAAAUCUUAAGUUUGACGUCAUUGAUCUGCGGUGAUAGACAAUUUCAGAUCUCUGCAAGCUGCUGAUUAUUUGCCUGAGAAUUGUCGAUACGCACCCUCUCGCGUGCAAUUGUGGGCUUCUGAUUUUAUGUGGGCCCUAUACGUUGGUAAAUGCGUGUAACUGUAUAGUGGACGUGGGCGAACCUUCCGCCUGUAUAUUUUGUUGCGCAUUGCACCGAUAUCAACUGUUUUGGUAUUUCUUUAAUGUAUAGUGAGCAUUUCAGAAAUCCAAGCUACCUUGACUAGCUAACUACUCAGCAGUGUUUCUUUACGCUGCAUAUCGUUAUCUGCUAAUUUUGCUUCGGUUGGUCUUGAUUUGAUAAUGCCAACUCAAAUCGGUUGCUUUGCCA